AAAUUAAGCACACUUUGCCGGGUAACUCCCAAAGCUGUGUUUCCUCGAGACAUAAUCUCUUUCAGCAACUUAAAACACGCCUAGUCCAUGAGCCACGUGUAGUACUUGCUAAUGACUGACCACACCCAGUAAAAAGAGACUUUCCAAUAAAGUUAUAUGUUCCCAAGACUGUUUUAGAGCUAUUGGAACAUGUAACGUGUAAGCGUGCUGGUUAUGACUACUACAAUAGGUAUAGACCUUGAAAUAUAAGUGAGUUGCACGGACUAAGCACAGUUACUUGUAGUUUAUUAUGCACUGAGUGUAGAAAUAGAUAUUGUUGUGAUGGCCUCGAUUAAACCGCAGCGUAGCGCGGAUGUUACUCGAGAUACAAACCGUUUCCUAUCCCUCUAACUCUUCAAUCUAUGGUGUAAUAGAACACUCAACUGAACAGUGUGUAACUGAACACUCUUAGCAGUCACUAUAGACAAAAUUAGUUAAGUGCAAGGUGCUAAUGUUAAAGAAUUUUACUCAAUGACAUCGCUCUAAAAUCUCAUUGGUUAGUUUAGAUAUGGCACGAUUGUUAAAUGACAAGCUUUUGACUACCAUUGGUAGCCAGUAAUGUUGUAGUCAACAAAGACAGCCGAUUUUCAGUGAAUGAGGAAAGAACUGAGUAGACUCUAAAGGUGUGAUUGAUUGUACAAUGGGAGGCCAGAAAUAACUUUUUUAUCGAAAGAAGAGCAAGAACCAGCAGACAGCCCUAGUGGUAUCUAUUCCUAUCAGCCUAUACCUGAGUCAACAAACAACUCCUGAAACAACACACUCCUUAGUUGCCGAGUCACUACCUGAGCAAUGGACUAUUGCUGUCAAGAAUCCGCUCACCAUUGUUAAGCUUAGAGUAUAGUACAGCACACAUGCGAUUCUCCAAAAGUUGACGUCAUCAUCACCCUCUGUGUUCAGCACCAGCUCACUUGGACCUUGUCAGUGCUGAAUGUAUCUUUAGACCCCUCUCUCAACCCAGCAUUUAAGUGUUUCAACUCAACCCUCUCCGGCGCACCUGCUGUUGUAUCUCUAUUGAGAGCAAUUGAUUCCCUGAGCUGUUGUGUUGGGAAUCCUGACCUCAAAUUUUUAGACUUGUGGAAACAUCGCUCUUCUACACUACAUGGUUCAUCAGGUGAGCAAUGUGCUUUCCUUGAUGAUCUGCACGUACCAGGUACAGUGAGGCAAAACAACUGUCUUCUUCUGGUUCCUAAUGACAAGCUUCGUUGCUCUGCUUGUAUCACUUAUUGCACAACGCUGUCGGUACAAGUUGGACGAAUGGAACAAAGUUCCACAUGUUCACCCACAAGCCAUACCAACCUCCGGUUUCAGCCAGUGUCCACUCUUGUGCCUCGUCUUCGUGGCUUGCGGCACCGCUAUAAUGCACUGAGGAAGCAGCUCCAACGCAUCAAGGAAAAGAUUACCGAGUCCACUGAAGCGUGUGGAGUUAUACUAGCCGAGGAAUCCCACAAAGAUUUAACUGAAAUUAUCUCAUCUAAUGACUGAAGACAGUGUUCGACAAUCUCUCAAAGGACUCCUUCCAGGGUAUUUUCUGGAAACAGCAAAUAGAAGCUCUCACUAAAAAUCCAAAGAGUGAACAUGGGUUGGCUGAGAUCCUGCUGGCUCUGAGGAUGAGUCGGCUUGCCGAGGUGAGGGAGCUGCUCACUGGACUACUCUGGAACCUCUCCUCCUGCGAGGAAAUGAAACUUCGUAUCAUUAAGAGCAGUACCCACGACAUAGUAGAGUUGACGAUGGUCCCGUACACUGGGUGGAGUCUGGAGGCGGCCAAGGACCCUCUGGCUAAACCUAGCUUCAUACAGUGGAACAUUGAGCUGAGAAACAUCACUGGUACGCUACGGAACAUCUCCUCAUCGGGUGAACCAUCGCGAGUUUGUAUGAGGGCCAGCAGUGGACUGGUCGACACGCUUGUAUGGCUGCUUAGGUCUGCGGUACUCCACAAGGCAGCUGCUGAUGAAAAGGCUGUGGAGAAUGCAGCGUGUGUCUUGCGUAACCUCUCUUAUCGUCUCGAGAAUGAAGUGGAUCCUCAGGAAGAGACGGGGGAUGUACUGGACCAUGACUGGGAAGAGGAGCAACAGAAAGACAUGGAUGAGAUCAUGCAGCCUUUCUCCAACUCAAGUCCCGGGUGUUUGGCGUUUCUCAAAAGAUCUCGUGGGAGUAGUCGACGAGAGAGAGGGCGUGUCCAUAGUCCCAUGUUCAGCAGACCGUCCUACAGUGUGGACUACGCCAAUCCUGAUCCGUCCUCUCUCCCAAAACGCACCGGACCUGUGUACGGAAUGGCAUUGCUAUGGCAACCGGACAUCGUGUAUCUGUACCUGGCCCUAAUUGAGCAUUUCUCUGUUGCCAUAGAAACCAUUGAGGCGGCCGCCGGUGCAAUUCAAAACCUCACAGCAUGCAACUGGAAGUGGGCAGUGUAUGCUCGUAACAUGAUCCGGACGUCCAAUGGCCUGCGCCUAUUGGCAGAGCUACUCAACAAUGGCCAUGAUGCGGUGGUGAGGGCAGCAGCCAUGGCUCUUAGAAACCUAGCCAUCGACCCUCGAAACAAAACCUCUCUAGCUCUGCUCCAUCCUGUACGAGUGCAAAGAGUGCAAGUCAGCGCUUAAGAAAGAGGGUUGGGAAAUGAGCCAGUUUCAAAAGUUAGUAAAAGAGUCAAGCUCCCAAUUUGAUUUUGAGCAGAGAGUGAGCAUCUCUCGUGACUACCAGGGUUCUCGGAGGAAGAAGAGAAGUAAGAAGGUGUCAAAGAAGUCAAAACGC